UUUGCGUUCCCGGUCGUGGAUUGUGUUCCAUUAGAGCCUGCGCGUUAAUGGUCAGCGGUUCUCCCCUCCUCGUUCUCUUUCUCCAUAUAUCGCCGACAAGAUGAGUAAGAUCAGUCGUGAUAACCUGUACGAGUGCGUAGGAGCCGUCCUCCAGGGCUCUAAGGACAAGCCUCGCAAGUUUACCGAGACCGUGGAACUUCAGAUCGCCCUGAAGAACUAUGAUCCCCAAAAGGACAAGCGUUUCAGUGGAACCGUCAAACUGAAGACUAUCCCUCGUCCCCAGAUGAAGGUGUGUGUCUUGGGUGAUGCCUCUCAUUGUGACGAGGCUAAUGCUAAUGGAAUACCCUGCAUGGAUGCUGAAGCCCUGAAGAAGCUUAACAAGAACAAGAAGCUUGUCAAGAAAUUGGCAAAGAAGUAUGAUGCUUUCCUGGCUUCAGACAGUUUGAUCAAACAGAUCCCGCGUAUCUUGGGCCCUGGUCUGAACAAAGCUGGUAAAUUCCCCACUCCCAUCAACCACAAUGAGAACAUGGUCCAGAAAAUUGAGGAUGUGCGCUCUACCAUCAAGUUCCAGAUGAAGAAGGUGCUGUGCUUGGCAGUAGCUAUCGGUCAUGUUAACAUGACUGAGGAACAGCUUGCCGGCAAUGUCCUUCUUGCCAUCAAUUUCUUGGUGUCUCUACUGAAGAAGAACUGGCAAAACGUGCGUGCCCUGUAUAUCAAGAGCACCAUGGGCCGCCCUCAGAGGCUGGUCUAGGCUCUAGUUGGCUGUACAACAAUAAAACGUUGCAAUUC